CCUCACCUGGGCCGGGCCCUCCCGGGCUCCCUUGCUCUGCCGCCCGUCUCUGCCAGGCGCAGUGAGCAGGUGGCAGUGGCUGGGUCAGGAUGCCCAGCAUCUUGGCGUACCAGAGCUCUGAGGUGGACUGGUGUGAGAGCAACUUCCAGUACUCACAGCUGGUGGCUGAGUUCUACAACACGUUCAGCAACAUCUCCUUCCUGAUCUUUGGGCCACUCCUGAUGUUCCUCAUGCACCCCUAUGCCCAGAAGCGCUCCCGCUGCAUCUAUGGUACCUUUGUCCUCUUCAUGAUCAUUGGCCUGUUCUCCAUGUACUUCCACAUGACGCUCAGCUUCCUGGGCCAGCUGCUGGAUGAGAUCGCCAUCCUGUGGCUACUGGCCAGUAGCUACAGCAUCUGGAUGCCCCGCUGCUACUUCCCCACCUUCCUCGCAAGGAACAGGUCCCACUUCACCUGCCUGGUCAUUGCCACCACCAUGAUCAGCACCUUCCUGUCCUUCCUGAAGCCCACGGUCAAUGCAUACGCCCUCAACAGCAUCGCCAUACACAUCCUGUACAUCGUGUACCGCGAGUACCGGAAGACCAGCAAUAAGGAGCUUCGGCACCUGAUUGAGGUGUCCGUGGUUUUAUGGGCCUGUGCUGUGACCAGCUGGAUCAGCGACCGCUUCCUUUGCAGCUUCUGGCAGCGGAUUCAUUUCUUCUACCUGCACAGCAUCUGGCACGUGCUCAUCAGCAUCACCUUCCCUUACGGCCUGGUCACCAUGGCCUUGGUGGACGCCAGCUACGAGAUGCCAGGCCAAACCCUCAAAGUCCGCUACUGGCCGCGGGACACUUGGCCCAUGGGGCUGCCCUAUGUAGAAGUCCAGGGCGAUGACAAGAGCUGCUGAGGC